AUGUUAUCAUUCGGUGUCUACUUCUGUGCAACUUUGUACUUAUCUUCAACGAUAUCUGCUGUGGCCAGUGAAAGACUUCGGCCAACAGUUGGAGUCAUUCGUUGGGAUGCGUGGAAUCUAUUCAAUGGGCAAUACGAUGCGAUAUCAUACUAUUUACACCGUGCUUUAAGUCCCGAGAAGUUUCACUAUCGUAUACCUUUCUAUGCAUCUGUUCUUUCUCCUACCAACAUUUCCUUCAAUGGUGAUAUGCAAACUGUGAUGGACAAUGAAAUCCUCUACGCUAAACAUGCUGGACUCGAUUAUUGGGCAUUUGAUACUUAUUGCACAUUUGGACCAAAUUGUACAACGAACAAUACGUAUUGUUCACAAUAUUAUAAACAAACAUCAAAUCAAUAUUGUCCGAGAAAUCCGGCCUAUGGAUUGAAUUUAUAUCUUUCUAGUACAUAUCAAUCGUUAAUCAAUUUUACAUUAGUGUUGUUAGGAUCUUCUCCAUGUGAUAUCGCUUUUCAAGAAAACUAUUUGGAACAUAUGAAACAUCCACACUUUCAAACUGUGCUAGACGGCCGUCCACUUUUGUAUUUAUUUCAAUUCGAUGAUGCGGAAGCGAAUAGUUGCGGAGGUGGAUGGACUGGAAGCAAACAAGUUUUUCAACGAUUCAGACAAAUGGCUAUCAGCCGAGGAAUACAGAAUCCAUACAUGGUUUUAAUGGAUUUCAACGUUCAAACAGUUCAAUCACAUGCAACAAUGUUAGGAUUCGAUGCUAUUUCCACAUAUGCACUACCAGGUGGAACUCAGCAAGGUACUCCGUAUGUUGAGUUACUUCAUUCAGCUCAAACAUGGUGGGAAUCAGCUCGUCAAGUGGGAGCAAAGAUGGUACCUUUAGCACCUACUGGUUGGGAUCCACGUCCACGUGCUGAAAACCCUGUACCGUGGACUGACGAAGGACCCGAACAUUAUCUACAACCGUCAGUUGAAGAACUACAACAAUUGAUCCGAAGUGGAAUCAAUUUUACAUGUACCUACAAUCAAACAGCUGAAGCACAAACAAUGAUCAUCUAUGCAUGGAAUGAAUGCAGUGAAACCAGUGGUUCGCUUGUUCCUUCAUUAGGAAAUGGUACUUUAUACAUUGAUACUCUAUCAAAGAUCCUUCCAAUGUAUUGUUAA